AUGCCGGGGCCAGUGUGCCCAGUGAGAUACCUGAUUGGUUUGACCCUAGGUUUCCCUGAAGCAGAGUCUCUGACACGACAUACACCAGAAUUUAUUGAGUGGUACAGCAGUGAAAAACAGCUCGAGCUUGGAAAGUGUUUAUUUUCUUCCAGGCCUGUGACCGUUGUGUGACUAAAGAAAAUCCACCAUGUCACUGUGGCCCAGGUGUACCUGCCCUGUGAAGUGAAGGCAGUGCCCACUCCUGUCAUCACCUGGAGAAAGGUCUCAGAGUCAGACAAAGGAGUCAAACUCCUGGAGGAGCUGCCUGGAGACAGACCAAACAUGGCUGUUCAAGUUCUGGGAGGACAUUCGGAGCAUGAAGGCACAGGGUGGGUUUUGGUAAGUUCAGCAGAGCAAGAAGACGAGGGGGUCUACCAGUGUCACGCUGCCAACAUGGCUGGAGAGGCACAUGCAGAUGGGCGUAUCACAAUCCUAGAACUAAGCAUUUUUAGAGCAAGCCAUUUUCAAGCAACCUGGACAU